UAUUGAUGUUUGUCAAUUUUUUCUUGGUGUUUUUCUUGGUUUCGUAUAGACUCGCUUUUUAUUGUAAAUAACCUUUGGAAAUAUUUUUACCACUAAUAUUGUGCUAUGGUGUUGCAAAUGUAAUUGUUGAACCUUUUAUCCUGACUUAGGACAACGGAUGAAAUUUAGCUUCUGUGCUAACUCUGGCAUAUUUAUGUCAAAGCAGCUGCUGAAACAUUGUGUAAUAUGCACCGUCCUAAUUCAAACAAACAAAUACAUAAAUAAAUGUUGCGGGCUGAAUUUAUACCGGGAAAGAACUGUAGGUGGCGAUCGUGUGCCCGUUGAAGUAGAGCAGGAGAAGAAGAAGAACAGAACGGCAUUUGACGUUCGAUUACAAAGCGAGGGAAAUCCAAACCAAAAGCUGAGGCAUCUCGCUUGCUGCAGGAAAAUUCGACGUCUGAAAGGUGGUUCAAAGUGUCAAAAUGCAGAGAGCUUCUCGUUUAAAGCGCGAACUUCAGAUGCUGAGCACCGAGCCUCCUCCUGGGAUAACAUGCUGGCAAAACGACGAGCAGAUUGAUGACCUCCGUGCACAAAUCGUGGGUGGAUCAGGGACUCCAUAUGAAGGUGGACUCUUCUCUUUGGAGAUCAAAGUUCCAGAAAGGUAUCCAUUUGAGCCUCCAAAUAUAAGAUUCUUGACGCCAAUUUACCACCCGAACAUAGAUAACUCGGGGCGCAUCUGUCAUGAUGCUCUCAAACUUCCCCCAAAGGGCGCCUGGAGACCUUCUUUGAACAUUUCUACGGUUCUCACCUCCAUUCAGCUGCUUAUGGCUGAGCCCAAUCCAGAUGACCCAUUAAUGGCUGACAUAUCAUCAGAGUUCAAAUACAACAAACACAUGUUUCUGGAGAAGGCCAGGAAGGUCACACAGGAACAUGCUGUUCAGAAAACCUCUGGAGUUGUGGAGCAAAACAAGGAAAACGCACUGGUUCCAAACCCAUCAUCCCGAAAGAGAGACUUGCAGAAUGCAGCAGGAGAUCCACCUAAGAGAACUUGCACAUAGUUUUUAUUUCACAAUAACUUCAUAUCAAACCGUGUCUGGUACACCAAUUAUUUUUUAGAAACAGAUUUUAAUUUAGACAUUCUCCAUUUGUGUACGUCAAUAAAUGGAUGUAUUUGCACAUUUGUAAGAUUGCUGUAAAUGUUUGUUGUCAUAUUAAAGUGUAGAUUCAUGGCCU